CAUUUAUACUUGUGCAGUGGUGUGUCUGUGUCACUCUGCAGUAACACCUCCAAAAUACUAGUCAGCUGUGGUGUCUGUGAAAUGCUGUAACCUUUAGUUUAUUCCAAAUACACAUUAAAUAUGGCUUAAUAGCGACCAUUUCAAACACAAGUACACAAAUCAGCUUCACCAUAACAGCAUCACAGACAGAGCAUUUGUCUUUUGCAGGACACAUUUUCCCCACGAAUACAACAUGCUAAUGUUUCAGCACAAGCCUAUGUCAUUUUACAUUGCGUAAAUUAGCCUAGCAGCUAGCGGACUUUUCCUCUACUCUUAAGAAGGCAGGGACGACAGCAACAUUUAACAAACGUAAUGUUAUGAAAUUUGGUUCCAUUACAACUCACAAGGUUCACUGGCAAAACAACUGUCUUAUUAUAGACACGUUUUCAAAACAAAUAUAACAUGCUAACGUUACUAGCACAAGCCUAUGCCAUUUCAUAGAUCCCGGUCCUGUUGCUGGGUUGAUGCCCUUCCGGGGCCCUUUCCAGCUCUCCUCAUGUAACGGCCAGUCUCCUGGUAUCCUCUCCAUGCUCUUGAAACUGUGGUGGGAGACACAGCAAACCUUCUUGCGACCACAUGUAUGGAUGUGCCAUCCUGGAGGAGCUGGACUACCUGUGCAACCUGACUGGACACAUUGGUGAGCCACAGAGAGCAUGGUCAACACAAGUGCAGUUUUCUCCUGAUUUCAGAGAACAGCUGUCAGGGAGCAAUGAAAGGUUCAGGCACCCUGCAGCUGGUGUGGCAAGGAGGGUGUGUGUGGGGGCGUGGCAGGGAGGGGGGCAUUUCAAAGUGCAAGGAUGCAUGAGAAAGGUUUUGUCAGUUUUGUAUUACAUUUACACCCAUGCUUUCCUGCCUUUUGCUCUCCAGUGCAAUGUGCUGCGUCUGUCUGGUCAUUACAUGUGGUUGUGUGAAAAUGCAGAGACAUCUUAAUUUUCCACAGCCUUAGAAUACCGAACAUUUUGUUCAUUAUAUUUCUUUAAAAAUAUCAUUAAAAUUGUAGUAUUCUAAGAUAUAGUUCAAAAACAUGACUGUGUUCCUUAAAAAACUCUGUUGAGCACCACUCACACUUACUGUAAGACCUAUUGGAACUGUUUCCAGUAAGGAGAACAUCAUUUCAAAACAAGAGGGUCAACAAACUGAAAAUUACAUUGAUUUAUGACUUCAGUAAUUGUGACAGUAAUGACACACAGUAUUAGUGUGUGUUGGAAAGCUGUCUUUUCUCUGGUCCCCUGCCACAAGAAGGUCAGAGGUCAGCCAAGUAAGAGCAUCCUCAUUCCUUACAGCUGGUAGCAAAGCUGAAGGAUGGUCUUUGGACUCACUCCACUAACAUCUGUUCACUGCUGCCACCAAUCUGGAGGGAUUCAAGGGAAUACAAUCUGCAACCUAUAGCUGAACUUAAGAGGAUGCUUUUGGGAAUGUUGCAUGAAUUAUUGAAGUACUGAAAAAUAUAAAAGUCUACCACUGUUAUCACCACAUGGUUAAUAGUUCCUGAUGACAAAAUCGACCAAGCAUGUAGGCUAUUUAUUUAUUUCAAAGUCCUGAUUGCAUAUACUGACACACCAGCUUUUCACUUUGUCAUGGGUUUAAUAUGUGUACGUGCAGUGUACUUUCUGACAGAGAUGGGAAUGGGAUACCUGCCAGGGACUCUUCAUUAUUUAUGAGAGAGGAGAGGGUGAUGCAAAAUGGGGAUAGCGCUAUAAAUUAUUUUUAAGCACUUUGGAGGGAGUUCUGUGCUUGAUUUGGCUUAGGGGAGCGACAUUCAACUUUAAAUGGCUAUAUUUUGUAUAUUUUUAAAAUACUCUCAGAGCUCCAAAACAUGCAAGUGGAUUUGAAAUGUAUAUUUUCUUUAAAAAUCUCCACAAUCUAGGCUACCAUUUAUCAGAGCAAGAAAAUGUGAUAUAUUUAUUUAUAGUGGAGGGAGAGUCAUGCAUUUUCCCCAGUCACUCAGGGAGGCUCAAGAAAAAACAUUUGUAGCCACAGUCCCCUAUUACUCACUAUUCAGCGUCACUGGUGGAAAUAGGAUAUUGUCAUAUUGCGUGUCUGCUUCCAUGUAUCUCUGACUCUGUGACUUAACUGCUGACAGAGAAAAAUCCACUUGACAGAUGAAAUUCACACCAAGACAAAUUCAACGCUCAGGUUUCUUUUGGAUCUCCUUUUAGGUUGCCUGGGAAGCGCAGCUUUUUUAAAUUCUGCAGCGUCAAGCUGAACACAGACAGACAAAUCAGUACCGGACAUGGGGCAAAUUUACUUUCAAAAUCAAAGCGACUAUUUAAAAAUGACCUAAUUGGGCCUCAUGUACACGUGACUGCUGCCAUCAAACAGAAUAUUUCAUUAGAUAAUAGUUUUAGUGGGCCAUCUGGAGGAUCUUUAUUUACACAACAUCUUCUAAAUCACACAUUAAAGAAAUAAUGACAGUAAAUAGUAGAAGCCCAAUAAUUGUUUGGUAAAUCAGUUUAUAAAUCUUCUUUCAAUGCUCUUUCUAAAAAGCUGAUAACCAUUUAUUUUGUUAACACUGAUUAUUACUGAUACUGAGUGUAAGACUUUGGCAGUUAUACUCACUGAUUGGCUGGCUAACCCUAACACAACCUACACCGUAAGACAAGGGCGUGGGUUUUUUUUUUAUCAUUUGGUGGUCUUCCACCAGCAAAUUCUGAGUAUCAUACAGUUAACUUGAAUGAAUCAAUGAGUUUUAUGCACUAAUUUGUGUAUUUUUCUGCAUCGAUUUAUGAUGGAAAUGGCUUUAAUUUUGUCAAAAGUCCACUGCCACUAUCAUGUGUUUAUUUGGGGGCACAUGUUCUAGAUAUUAAAGGGGAACACCACUUAAUUAGGAAUUUUAGUAUGUUAUUUUAAUGUUCUAGCAUGAGCUACUCUCUCUCAAAACCAAAAAAUGUACAAUUAAGUCUUGAACUUGUGAUGUCAUAGGGUAUAAAGUCUGGAGCUGCUUCACAUACAAUGAAUGGGACACUGAUUUUGUGAACUGACAGAAUGUUUGUUUUCUUUUUUAUACUAAAAUGAGCUUUACUCUAUUGUAGUGUUGUCAGUUGAGAAACAGAAAAUGUACCCAUGUAGCCAGAACAUUCACCUGGCUGCUCUCAUCUAUAACAUCUUUUCCAAUUAAUUGUCUAUGGAGCAGCUCCAGACUGUAUACCCCAUGACAUCACAAAUUUGAGUUUCAGCACUUUAAUUAUCUGGAGUUGGGAGAGAGUUUUUAAUGUUAACUAAUAUUUUUGGACUAUCUUACACCAUAGGAAUAACAGGUAUGAAUUUUAAAAAUGGUUGUAGUUCCCCUUUAAGUAGGACCUGUGCCCUGGGCACCUGUACACUAAUGGCUCUACUUUACGUCUUCGUCAAUGAGAGUUUUAUUCUCGAAAGACACAAACCGGAAGUUCACUCUCUGUGCUGCCGUCGGGUUCGACGCUGGUCUACAACACGGGGGGCGGCAGACACACGGCGACUAUCAUGUGAGGAGCAGGUCGCUGGAGAGAACCGCAGCGCCGACUUUAGUGUAUUACCCGUCCUGUGAGGAUAGUUUGGGACUUCCACUGCGGACAUAUUGUGGAUAACAGCCGGGGAACACCAGCGGGACUCCGGCUUCUUUUUCAUGGACUCGGGAACUAGCUCAGCAUGACUGCACACACCGUGUUGUAGGAGUCCAGUGCUGACAGUGUGGAAGGAGUGAACAGUAAAGGAAGCACAAAAAGAAGCAGAGAGUGUUUGAGGAGACUGGACGCUUUUUACCAUCAGAGCAGAUGGGUGAGACGGAGGAUGAGCGCACAGCGCAGGCCAGCGUGCUCUUUGAGAACUUUGUCCAAGCAUCCACAUGUAAAGGGACUCUGCAGGCUUUCAGCAUCCUCUGCAGGCAGCUGGAGCUGGAUCCUCUGGACUACAGCAACUUCUUCAGCUCACUAAAGGCUGCAGUCAGCUCCUGGAAGGUCAAGGCCCUGUGGACCAAACUGGACAAAAGGGCACAGCAGAAGGUCUACAACCAGAAUAAAGCCUGCCAGGGCACUAGGUGCCUGAUCAUUGGCGGUGGUCCUUGUGGUCUGCGGACAGCCAUCGAGCUGGCACUGUUGGGCUGUAAGGUGGUGGUGAUCGAGAAGAGGGACACCUUUUCCAGGAAUAAUGUGCUCCACCUGUGGCCCUUCACUAUCCACGACCUCAGGGGCCUCGGAGCCAAGAAGUUCUACGGAAAGUUUUGCGCUGGCUCCAUCGACCACAUCAGUAUCCGCCAGCUUCAGCUGAUGCUGCUGAAAGUGUCUCUGAUUCUGGGAGUGGAAAUUCAUGUCAAUGUGGAGUUUGUCAAGCUUUUGGAGCCACCAGCAGAGCAGACUGACGACAGUCCUGGGUGGCGAGCAGAAGUCCGACCCUCCAGUCAUCCUGUCUCGGACUUUGAUUUUGAUGUGGUGAUUGGAGCCGAUGGACGCAAAAACACAUUAGAUGGAUUUGGUCGUAAAGAGUUUCGAGGGAAGCUGGCCAUCGCCAUCACAGCCAACUUUGUCAACAGGAACACCACAGCAGAGGCUAAAGUGGAGGAAAUCAGUGGGGUGGCCUUCAUCUUUAACCAGAAGUUCUUUCUGGAACUCAAGGAGGAGACAGGAAUUGACUUGGAGAACAUAGUUUACUACAAAGACAACACCCACUACUUUGUCAUGACGGCAAAGAAGCACAGUCUGCUGGACAAAGGAGUCAUCAUAAAUGACUACAUAGAAACGGAGCGCCUGCUGAGCGCUGACAACGUCAACCAGGAAUCAUUGCUCUCCUACGCCCGUGAGGCAGCCGACUUCGGCACAAAUUACCAGCUGCCAUCCCUCGACUACGCCAUCAACCACUACGGGCAGCCAGAUGUAGCCAUGUUUGACUUCACCAGCAUGUACGCCUCAGAGAACGCCGCCUUGAUCAGGGACAAACACGGACAUCAGCUCCUGGUCGCACUGGUGGGAGACAGUCUGCUUGAGCCCUUCUGGCCGAUGGGUACAGGUUGUGCUCGGGGUUUUCUGGCAGCCUUUGACAGUGCUUGGAUGGUGAGGGGCUGGGCGCAGGGCAAGAGUCCUCUGGAAAUACUGGCUGAGAGGGAGAGCAUCUACCGCCUGCUGCCUCAGACCACCACAGAGAACAUCAGUAAAAACUUUGAACAGUACAGCAUUGACCCUGCCUCCCGCUACCCCAACCUCAACUCCAGCUGUGUACGCCCACACCAGGUGCGUCACCUGUUCAUUGAUGGCCAACAGGACUGUCAUCUGGAAAAAGGAGGACCCACACGUAGAUCAGUGAACUUGUCCAGAAGAGAGUCCGAGGUGCGUCCUGGCAGGCUGCUGACCUGGUGUCAGAAGCAGACUCAUGGCUACAGGGGAGUUGACGUAACUAACCUCACAUCUUCCUGGAGGAAUGGCCUGGCCCUCUGCGCUCUCAUACACUGCCAGAGGCCUGAGCUCAUUGACUAUGACUCCCUAAACGAGGAGGACGUGGCAGGGAACAACCAGUUGGCGUUUGACUUGGCUGAGCGAGAGUUUGGCAUCCAGCCAGUGACGACCGGUAAGGAGAUGGCGGCGGAGGCUGAACCAGACAAGCUGCUGAUGGUUCUCUACCUCUCCAAGUUCUACGAGGCCUUCAGGAACUCCCCAGGAAACAAUAACCGUUCAAGAGAACCUGAUGAGAAUAGUGAAGGCUAUCCGGCUAAAACCAACCACAAAGUGCUGAACCUGCCUCAGUCCAAGAAGAGGAUGCCCAGGGAUGACAGCAAACCGGACGAGGAUUCUGUUAGCAAGAGACAGCGAAAGGGCAACCACUACCUCACAGAGUUGUCUUGUCACAGUGUGCCCCCUGCUGGUGAGGAUGGGGAGCUGCGUGAGAACAAAGUCCGCUCCAUGGCAACUCAGCUGCUGGCCAAGUUUGAGGAGAACUCCUCGACUGCAAAGAUUCGUCCGAAGUCUGACGAGGACCCAUCCAAUCCCUCCUUUUCUCCUUCUCUGUCUCCUUUCACGACCCCACCUCCUCUCUCAGAGGAUGAGGAUGAGGAUGAGGAAGAGGAGGAUGAGGACCUGGAGGAGAUAGACAACCCCAGUUUUGCAAAGCCUAAGAAUGUCCCCCCUCCUCCUCCUCUGCCUCCCUCUCGCCCUAAGUGGCAGCCCUCCAUCUACCUCCGCUUACUGGAGAAUCCCAGCGCUGUGGCUCAGCAAAACACUUUCCUCUAUUCCCCCAAAUCUCCUCACCCUCAGAGCGGCUACAGUCGCUCUCCUUCGCCCACACACUUUAAGAGCCCUCCCCAUUCACCAAGCCCUAAUGUUACUGAGCAUUACUAUCCAGAACGCACCUCUCCUGACCUGACAGCCAGAUAUUUCUCUGCUUCUUCUCUGUCUGCUUCGGAUAUCGAUUAUUCCUCUGAGAGGUCAGAGGAGUCAACGCAGCAGAGCAAAGCGCAGAAACUGUCCACUAAAGAGUUUAGUGGGAGGAGCAUAAAGGAGAGAGCCGCCCUCCUCUCCUCCAUGUUUCCUGUGUCCAUACGAAUCAAAUCUCUUCCUGCUCCUCUCUCUCCUCUGUCUGAAUCACAGGCGGAACUAUCGACCUCUUCUCCUCCGUCCUCGUCCCCACCUCCUCCUGCUUCUGUAUCUAAGAGCUCCUCAGUCUAUUCUGUAGUCCACCCUGUCCCUGACCCCACUGCCCAGGCUGGUUUCUCCCCUGUUUCUCUGUACACUGCUGGGCACAAGGACAAGAUACAGAAAGACUCCUCUGCUCCCUCGUCUUACACUGCCUCUGAAAAACCAGAGCAUAUCUCUUCUCUUCUUGUUGAUUCCUCCUCAAGCAACAAUAAAACCUUUGCUGCACCUUCUUCAGCUUGCUUUGAUGAGAGCCAGGAGAUCUCCUCUCCCCUCUCUGAUUUUAUCUGUGAAAAUGGACACAGCAGCUCACCUCCCCAUCCAGUUUCUUUACUGCACAAGGAACACUAUGAGAGGAUGUAUGAGAACUCCUCAAAUAAUCUGGAAAGUGAGCAAGAGAAGGUCCAUGAAACCGCUCAGGAGGCAUUUGAUGAUAAGAAGUUAGCCAAAAAUUAUCAGAUGAAGUGCAAUGGGAGCUGCACUCUUGAGAAGCCUAGAAGAAUCACUCAAAAGUCAAUUGUUCGCUCUGAGAGUUGUCCUACUGGAGCUCCUAGUUAUAUUAAGGAGCGAACAGUUGGAAAAGUGUCAUCAGCCAUAGACGCUAAAGCUCAGAUGCUGGCCAUCCUGUACGAGACAGACCACAGGCCCAAUGCCACGCCGUGUGUGGUACGGAAGGACUUCCCUCCUGGACUCGGCGGCAGCGACAUCUGCCAUUUCUGCACCAAGCGUGUGUACGUGAUGGAGAGACUGAGCGCUGAGGGCUACUUCUUCCACCGCGAGUGUUUCCGCUGUGACGUCUGUAACAGCACGCUCCGUCUGGGAGGGCACAUCUUUGACUCACAGGACAGAAAGUUCUAUUGCAAGAUGCAUUAUACCCAGCGUCAAUCCAGCACUCACAUGGGGAGGUUCAGAAGGAGAAUGGAAGACCAAAACCGCGUCACAUCCUCAGCGUUGGAUGGUGGGAGCUACUCAGCGACGGGCAGCGUCCAGAUCCAACCACCAGGUGGGCUGUCCAACUUUUAUUCAGAGCAGCUUGAUAAAGGUCAGGAAAGAGUUCCUGAAGACACAGAGAUGGCUGUUGAAGCUCUGGAUGCUUCCUGUAUAGUCAAAGCCACAGCACAAGAUACCACAGGUGCCAAGGGCCAGAUCCAGGAGAGUACCAAAGAUCACAGUAACACAAAACAGAAUAAUCGAUGGAAACGGAAAAUCAGAGCAACCUUCCCUCUGAUCUUCAUCAAGCACUUCCAGAGAAGCUGGUCGAUGGACAAAGACGGACCAGAGACUGUCCCUGAAGUGGACUCUGACUUUGAGGAGAUCACUUCAGUGGAAAAACAAACUAUCUCAGACAGCAGUUCCAAGACAUCAGCAGAUACCCAGGAACCCUCAGAGGGACGUGAGAAGAGUGAAGAGCACCCAUCUGCAGGAACGACAGUCGGCAGCUCGUCCAACCCAAAGAAACGUUUGAUGCUAUCUCUUGCUGAGAAAGAGAAGCUUCUGAACUGGGACAUGCCGGUCGCACCGGAGGAGGAUACUCUGAUUAACACUAAAACCAAAAACACACAUCAACAUAAAGACCAGGUACAAGCAGAGACAGAAGCCGAUAAGCCUCAGACAGACUCGGGCCAGGAUGGGGAGCCAUCUCAGAGCCAAACCUCCGCCUCGUCCCCCUCAACCUUCCAGCUUAUAGCGGACGCCUUCAGGAGAACAUUUAGUGUGACCAAUCCCUCCAGCAGGUCCAACACUGCAGUCACAAUGAGGACCAAGCGUGAUGGCCCCCGCAAACAGAGGCCCAUAUCAGAAGGAGCGUUGAGCUUUAGCUCCCUGUUCAACACUGCAGGUCCAGACCCAUCAAAAGAUGAGAAGACAGCUGGCAAGCAUAGGGAUCGGUUGGCGUCUGUAGAGGCCAAUCCAUGGGGGGGCGGGCAGGACCUGCCCUCUCUGUUGCAGCAGGUGUCGCUGAAGGGCCGUAGAGACUCUGGAGGCGUGUUCUCUGAUGAUAUGGCCCCGUUUACUGGAAGGAGGGUCAGCUUGUUCUCAUCCCUGAGGCUAAGGAAGAGGGAGGACUCAGAGAGUGGGGGGCGGGACCAGGAGGCACAAAAGGAAAUCAGGACGAUACUCAGCAACCUCAGAAACAAAGCCUCCAGACAACACAAUCUUGAAGAGCCUUCCUCUAGUGACGAUGACAAUGAAAACCUGACAUCCAAUCAGAAACUGUAUCCAGAGAGACAGAGGAGGAGGCAGGAGAAGAUGGUUGCCCAGCAGGCUAAAAGAGAACUGCUGAAGAGGCUUCACAGAGCUCAGGCCAUCCAGAGACAACUGGAGGAGGUUGCAGAGAAACAGAGAGACCUAGAGGAGAGAGGAGUGGCUAUAGAAAAGAUCAUAAGAGGAGAAACAGAAUCAUCUCAGACAGAUGACAGUGACGAGGCCCAGCUCUAUCAGUCCUGGUUUAAACUCGUUCUGGAGAAGAACAGAUUGGCGCGCUACGAGUCUGAGCUCAUGAUCUUUGCUCAGGAGCUUGAACUGGAGGACACGCAGAGCCGACUGCAGCAAGACCUUCGACACAGGAUGGCAACAGAAGAUACAAAUAAGAGCGCCUCUGAGCUGCAGCAGGAGCAGGAGAUCUUGGCAGAGAUCAUGAGGACGGUGGAGAAACGAGACAUGUUGGUGUCGAUACUGGAGGAGCAGAGGCUAAAGGAGAGGGCUGAGGACAGGGACCUGGAGAGCCUUGUGCUGUCCAAGGGCUACGAGCUUCACUGGGCCCAGGCGGAUGACAGCUGGGGGCAGGAGAAGCUGGAGUGAAGGUUGAAUGUUGAGCACCUCAGUGCUAAAAUGCAGAAUGAUGUGACACUGUUUUAAACAAACAGGGUGAAACUUUACCCUACUAGUAUGUGUCUGGCUUAUUCUCAUAAAAGCUACACAUCAAGAUAAUGUGGGGAGGAAAGAACUGUCACAAAGGUCGAGGUGUUAAUUCCCACUAAAGAGGUCAGCUUCAAGACAAGGCUUCAUCUGUGUGCUGGAAUGCUGAGCUGACAGAUUGAGGACGAAUGGGAAUGGAGCCUGAGCUAAUGACUUCCUUAACAGCCAUGAGGGCUAAUAACAUCUCUGCCAUUAAGGUUAUUCGACCUCUGUGCUCAGAAGUGUAAUCCGUGAUGGCGCAGGCUGACACUGACCUGAAACUGGAUGAACACUAUGAUUAACCACUUCUAAUAAUGUGACUGACCGCUAAGAUUUUGGCACACCUCAUAAACCAAACGGACUCACCCAGACUGACGCUUUAUGUAGUUGCUCGCCUUAUGAGUGGAACUGUUGUGACAGAUUUGUUGUUAUUUUAACACUGUAUAGCCUCACUGGAUAGCACAUAGAACGACUCAACACUUUUCCCUGAAGUUUUAGUGUUUUGCACUGUGUGUGUUUUUUAUCUGUGUCAUAAUGUGAUGUGCUUUAUCUACUUCACUAUUUGUCACUUUGUAGCUGUUUGUGAGUGUAAGCUCUCUUGUGUGUAGUUUAAUAUUGUUAUUUUUUUCACUUUGUGCUGGAACACUGUCAAAUAAAAUUAUUUUUACACCCAGACACUGGUGAACACAGGAGAAAUGGAAAUUUAACUGCCACAUAUUUGUAGCCAGCUGGUAAGAUGUGCCUCUGCCAGGUGGCUCAAUGUCACCUUUUGCCCCAUUGUGACUGGAGCUGCAUAAUUAAUCGAAAUAUUAAAAUUUCAAAAUGACCAAGUGCAAUAUCCAAAUAGAAGGAGCUGCAUUUUUUUUUAAUGAUAAAGCUGAAAUGUGUCACAACACACUGUUAUAAAUGAAGCAUUGUGGUUCUGUAGAGAUGCCUCAGCUUACAAAUCAUAUUCUACAUUUAAGAGAACAUGCUUGUUUUGGCAAAAAUCACAUCAUCAUCUUCAUUUUUUUUCAGUGAAAAUGAAAUGCAAAAAUGACAAUUGCACUUCAUAUCGCAAUUGCAGUAUCUGUUAAAAUAAUCGCAAUAUAUUUUUUUGCAUUUAGUGCAGCCCUUAUUUUGACACAAGUUGCCGCAAAAUUAAAAACUGAUUCACAGGGCAGCAUCUGCACAGCGCUUUGUGAUUCUUGGUGGAUUUAUUCCAUGACUACUAUUGUCAGUUAAACUGUGAUUGUUUCAUUUUACUGGUUUUAACCUAGUGUAUGGGCUGUGAGUCAAAUGCAGGCUUACCUCUCUCAUGAGAAGAUGAAUUAUUUGUUUACAUGAGUUUUAAUCCCAGGACAAGGAUCCACAUUUCUUCAAAGUUUGUUUAUAUUGUGAAUUAACACUAAAUUCAGAGUAAGUUAUGUUUUCAUGAUAAAAACUGUAUAUUUUUGUUGUUUGUUUUAUGCUGCUUUGAGACUUUUAAAUGGAAAAAUCUUAAAUAAAAAUGACUUUAAA